CAACGAGGGCUGGCUAAACCCUGGGAAGCGCGUGAGGACCCCCUCCCUCUUCCACGCCCCCCCUUUGAGCUCUUUCUGCCUCUCUCUAUUUUAUUUUAUUUUUUGCAUUUGCAAAACCUUGCAAAAAGAAGGCGCAGCUUUUGCAUGCAGGCCAUUGAAGGCUGUUUUUUUUUUAUUUUUGCAUGCAAUCAAGGCAAAGGAAAGGAAGGAAGGAAAAGGGGGGGAAGUGGGCCUGGAAAUCAAGGCGUUUCCCUUUCUUUUUUCCUUUUUCUGCCUGUGUUUAAAAUGCAAACUCAGGCCUAAGCAGAAGAAGAAGCAGCAGCAGAAGAAAGCUUGAUUCCUCCCUUUGGAUUAUUGUCUUUUUCUUCUCCUUUUGCAAAGGUUGGAGCGACUUCUGAAGAGGAAGGGACUUCGGAGGCUUGGAUCCUGAUUUAUCGCGGGACUAAACCGCCAUGGCUGGUGCGGACAGGCCUGGCCCCUUUGGAACUGGGAGAAGAGGACCUUUGGGACAACCUUUCCACUUUGCAUUGGGAUAUUAAGGCUUUAUUUGGCACCUAUAGAGAGAUAUUCUUCCUCUAUUCCUUAGUUUUGCAUUUGGCACCUAAAAUAUAUAUAUUUUCUUCCUCCAUUUCUUUGCAAAACAGCACUGGGAUAUUAAGACUGUUUUGCAUUUGGCACCAAUAUAUAUAUAUAUAUAUAGUCUUCAUCCCUUGGAAAAACUCAUUAAGGAUUUAUUUUGGAGCUCUUCCUUAGCAAGGAUCUGUUUUGCAUUUGGCACCUAAAUAUAUGUAUUUUCUUUCUCCAUUUCUUUGCAAAACAGCACUGGGAUAUUAAGGCUCUGUUUUGCAUUUGGCACCUAAAUAUAUGUAUUUUCUUCCUCUAUUUCUUUGCAAAACAGCACUGGGAUAUUAAGGCUCUGUUUUGCAUUUGGCACCUAAAUAUAUAUAUUUUCUUCCUGUAUUUCUUUGCAAAGCAGCACUGGGAUAUUAAGACUGUUUUGCAUUUGGCACCAAUAUAAAUAUAUAGUCUUAAUCCCUUGGAAAACCUCAUCAAGAAUUUAUUUUGGAGCUCUUCCUUAGUAAGGAUCUGUUUUGCAUUUGGCACCUAUAUAUAUAUAGUCUUCAUCCCUUGGAAAAACUCAUCCAGGAUUUAUUUUGGAGCUCUUCCUUAGUAAGGAUCUGUUUUGCAUUCGACACCUAAAUAUAUAUAUUUUCUUUAUUUCUUUGCAAAACAGCACCGGGAUAUUAAGACUGUUUUUCAUUUGGCACCAAUAUAUAUAUAUAUAGUCUUCAUCCCUUGGAAAACCUCAUUAAGGAUUUAUUUUGGAGCUCUUCCUUAGUAAGGCUCUGUUUUGCAUUUGGCACCUAAAUAUAUAUAUAUUUUCUUCCUCCAUUUCUUUGCAAAACAGUACUGGGAUAUUAAGACUUGUUUUGCAUUUGGAACCAAUAUAUAUAUACAGUCUUCAUCCCUUGGAAAAACUCAUCAAGGAUUUAUUUUUGGAGCUCACCAUUCAAAAUCCCACUUUGGAUCGAGAUUUUGGAACCCACCAUUCAAAAAUCCCAGCUUGGAUCCAGAUUUGGACCGGUUCGGACCCGCUUUGACAGACAUCCAGACGGACAAGACAGCCAUGUCUGCCAAAGAGAACCCUUGCAGGAAAUUCCAGGCCAACAUUUUCAACAAAAGCAAGUGCCAGAACUGCUUCAAACCCCGGGAGUCGCAUCUGCUCAACGAUGAAGACUUGAACCAGGCCAAACCGAUUUACGGCGGGUGGCUUUUGCUGGCUCCGGAAGGCACCGAUUUUGAUAAUCCUGUGCAUCGUUCGCGGAAAUGGCAGCGUCGGUUCUUCAUCCUCUACGAACACGGCCUCCUCCGCUACGCUUUGGAUGAGAUGCCCACCACCCUCCCGCAGGGCACCAUCAACAUGAACCAGUGCACGGAUGUGGUUGAUGGUGAAAGCCGGACCGGGCAAAAGUUCUCCCUCUGCAUCUUGACGCCAGAGAAGGAGCACUUCAUCCGAGCCGAGAACAAGGAGAUCAUCAGUGGGUGGCUGGAGAUGUUAGUUGUCUAUCCCAGAACCAACAAGCAGAAUCAGAAGAAGAAGAGGAAAGUGGAGCCGCCAACCCCACAGGAACCUGGCCCGGCCAAAAUGGCAGUCACCAGCAGCAACAUCCCUGGCGCGGAGAAGGUCCCGACCACCAAGUCCACGCUUUGGCAGGAGGAGAUGCGGGGCAAGGACCAGCCGGACGGCAACGGGGGGCUCAGCCCCGUCCCCAGCCCCAUCCAAGGCCAAGGCCCACCUUCCUGUUUGCUGGACGGUAAAGAAGAUGAGAGUGCCAUGAACGGCGACCGCAACGAUUGUGGGCGGAAGACGCGCGUCGAGAGCGGCUACUUCUCCCUGGAGAAGACCAAGCAGGAGGUCAAGCUGGAAGAGCAGCCGCUGCUGACCCCGCCGUCCCCGCCCAGCCCCAGCACCCCCGGCAACAGGUACGGUGACCCCAGAUCGCCCUCCCAGGAGCAGAGCCGCCCCUUUCCUUCCCCAGGUAGCCGGAUGGUGUGCAGCUUCUCCCUCAACGCCCUGGACGCCCGGUGCAACGACGGCGGGUUCCCCUUCAUGGGCAACGGCUCCAAGGGCCGGUCCGUGGCCUUUAAAGCCAGCCGGCAGUAUGCCACCCUGGCCGACGUCCCCAGAGCCGUCCGGAUCAGUAACCGGGAGGCCUUCCAAAUGGAGCAGAAGCGGCUUGAGCGGAGGUGCCGAGCCCGCAGCCCCGGAAGGGAGGAAGUGGCUCGCCUCUUCGGCAACGAAAGGAGGAGGUCCCAGGUAAUUGAAAAAUUUGAGGCGUUGGAUAUUGAGAAUGCCGAACAUAUGGAGACCAACACUUCCACCAGCGAGACUCGACAGGGCCGGAGCGAGAAGAGAGUUUUCCCCAGGAAACGGGACUUUGUGGCCGAAACAGCAACCAGCUCCAUUCUGGAUAUGACGGCUUCUCCUUUGUCCCCACAUCGCAGAGCAAAAUCACUGGACAGAAGGUCUACGGAGUCUUCCAUGACCCCUGACUUGCUGAACUUCAAGAAAGGGUGGCUGACCAAGCAGUAUGAAGAUGGACAGUGGAAGAAACAUUGGUUUGUCCUGACGGAUCAAAGCCUGAGAUACUACCGGGAUUCUGUGGCAGAGGAGGCUGCUGAUUUGGAUGGGGAAAUCGACUUGUCAACUUGUUUUGAUGUCACGGAAUAUCCUGUCCAGCGGAACUAUGGCUUCCAGAUUCAUACUAAAGAAGGAAAGUUCACUCUCUCUGCCAUGACGUCGGGCAUUCGCCGCAACUGGAUCCAGACCAUCAUGAAGCAUGUGCGGCCCACCACGGCACCCGAUGUGACCAGCUCUUUGCCAGAAGAGAGGAGCAAAACUAGCUCCUCCCUGGACUCCUGUCCCAAGCCGAGCGAGAAGCAGGAUGCGGAGCAAGCAGAGCUCGACCCCGAACACAAGCGGAGCCGUGCCCGGGAACGCAGGCGGGAGGGCCGCUCCAAGACCUUCGACUGGGCCGAGUUCCGUCCCAUCCAGCAAGCCCUGGCACAGGAACGGGCCAACGUGGCGGAGAAUUCGAAGGACGGCGGCACCACGUUCCCCAAAGAACCCGGAGAGGCGGAUUCUGGGGAACUCGAGAGAGAGCGCGCUCGGCGGAGGGAGGAGAGACGCAAGCGAUUCGAAAGCCUGGAUGCUCCGGAUGCGGGAAGCCCCGAAGACUUCUCCAGGAUGGAGGUGGACAGGCUUCCGGGGUUGCCCACGCCUUCCGAAACCAAGUCGCACGUUCACGUGGAGAUAGAGCAGCGCUGGCACCAAGUCGAGACGACGCCGCUGCGCGAGGAGAAGCAAGUCCCCAUCGCCCCUUUGCACCUCUCGCACGCGGAGGACGGCAACGAAUCGCUCAACAAGCAGCACCUCACCACGCUCCUGGAAAAGGAGCUGGAGCAGAGCCAGAAAACAGCUUCGGACCUUCUGGAGCAGAAUCGUGUCCUGCAGGACCAGCUGAAAGUAGCCCUGGGCCGCGAACAGAGUGCCAGGGAAGGUUAUGUUCUUCAGACUGAGGUGGCCACUUCCUCAUCGGGGGCCUGGCAGAGACUUCAUAAAGUCAAUCGAGACCUCCAGAAUGAGCUGGAAGCCCAAUGUCAGCGCCAGGAGCUGAUCAACCAGCAGAUCCAGUCCCUCAAGCGUAGCUACGGGGAGGCAAAGGAUGUCAUUCGGCACCACGAGGCAGAGAUCCAGAGCCUGCAAGCAAGGCUGAGCAAUGCGGCCGCAGAGCUCUCCAUCAAGGAGCAGACCCUGGCCAAGCUCAAAAAUGACCUGAAGGCCGAAAAGAAGAAAGCCCAAGAGCAGAUGGAAGAGUGGCAGCACAGCGAGACGGCACUGAGCUCCCAGUUGAAAGCCAGCGAGCAGAAGCUCAAGAAGGCUGAAGCUCUCCUGUUGGAAAAGACCCAAGAGCUGAGGGACCUGGAGACCCAACAGGCCUUGCAAAGAGAUUACCAAAAAGAAGUGCAGCGGCUCCAGGAUCGCAUUGCUGACCUGAGCCGGCAGCUGAGCGCCAGUGAGCAGUCGCGAGUGUUGAUGGAAGAGAAACUCCAGAGGAAUUAUGAGGCUUUGUUAGAAAGCUGCGAAAAGGAAAAGCAGGUUCUGAUCCAGAGCUUGAAGGAGGUGGAGGAUAAAGCCAGCGAGUACGAGAACCAGCUACAGAACAGUGAACAGCAGAUGGAAAUUUUGCAGAAAGAGAAACUGACUGCCAAAUUUGAGAGCAGUGAAAUUGUCCACCAACUCGAGGAGCAGCUGGAAAUGAAGGAAGCAAGCAUCCAGAAGCUUGUGGAUCACAUAAAGAGUCUUGAGGAGGAAAGGGAUCAGAUUAAAUUCCGGUUCCAAGAGCUGAUGAACCAGGUUGCCGAGUCGGAUAAUGAGGUGGCCAAGCUACAAGCCAAGCUGCAGCUGGAAGAGAGCAACUACCACACACUGGAGCGCUCCUAUGAGGUGGUCUCGGGGCAAUUUCAGAACUUGCAGAAGGUCCUGAAAGAGAAGGAGGAAGAGCUGAGAGUAGUGAGGGAAACCCACUUGAGGGUGGUUGAGAAAAGGGAUCCAGAUUUCAGUGAACCUUUAUUCAAAAAGGCUGCCAUGAGUGGCAGCAUAGAAGAAAAUCCACAAGAUGAGGAUGAGGAUUUAACAACAGAUAUGGCUGAUCCUGGCCAAAUUGUUGAGAAAGUACAACAUCCACAAGUGGAAGGAAAACUUCCAGUUUCAGAUGUUAUGAUCAUUCGUGGUACCAAUGACGAUGGCGGCCUUAAUACCAACCAGAGGCAGAUAGUUGAGCAUACAGUGAUGAACACAGAAGAAAGCAAAUUUCCAUCAAAGUCUACAGACUUUAAUGAAAGGGAGGUUUUUCAGAAGGACUUAUCAAAACCUGACGUCGAAAUGCAAGGAGCCAAAAGGCAAAGGAUUCGUUUCUCCAGCAUCCAGUGCCAAAAGUAUGUUCAUCCCGAUGGAUCGGAGAAGACCUGGACAAGCAGCACCUCUUCAGACACCAGUCAGGAUAGGUCACUCUCGGAAGACAGCAUGUCAUCGGAACCGGCUCCCUGUUACCCAGCCUCAGGUGACUCUGAGACUUAUCUGUCUAUAAUCCACUCCUUGGAAACAAAGCUUUAUAUCACAGAAGAAAAGCUCAAAGACGUAACCAUGAAACUUGAAAGCCAGCAGGGCCAUAAUCAAGACACUCUCAUUGCACUCCAUCAGCAGUGGGCCAAUGCAGAAGCACAGCUGAGAGAACAGCUCCAGGAGAGUUUGGUUCAAGUGAGCAUGUUGGCUUCACAGUUGGAAAGUGAGAAGCAGUCCAAACUUAAGCUGAUUGAAAACCACGUCAAUGAAUUGAGUGGACUCCAUGGAAGAAACAACCAAGCCUUGGUUUGCUUGAACCAGUGCAGAGAACAGCUAAGAAUGUUGCCUACAUCUGACAAGGAAAAAGAAAUAGAGGUGUAUCUAGAUGCACUAUCCAGUAUGGAAAGUACUCUGUCCAGUGCAAUCCAGGUCUUAAAACUGACGUUUUCUUUGCCCGACUGCCAAGCAGCAGUGUGUCCUACAGCCCAAUCUUUGCAAGUAGAAGGCAGCCUUGUUGAACAAGAGAAACCUUCUUCUCUCCAGCAGCAACUGGAAUUUUCUGGACGGAACCAGUUGAGGUUGCUUUCCAGGAGGCUGGCUUUUGAAUCGUCUUUGAUCAACCAGAUAGCAGAGUCCUUGAGAGAUGCAUCUUCAAAGAUUUCCUUGACCCUUAGAGAGAUCCAUGGUACAGUGGAUGCCGUUCUGUUAGAGCCUUCAAACCUUUCACAUACUGCAGUUGCCUUGGCGGAUACUUUAUCCAAAAAACUAGUAUUGGAAGAUCAGUUCUGGAGUCAGGUCGAGGAGCUAAGAAAGCACCUGGGUGCUGUGGAUGAAGAAGAGAAGAUGAUGGAGGGUCCAGGUUCAAAUGUCCCAGAAUGUCUCAUUCAGUCGGUUGCAGACAGCACACUGAUCAAAGCAGAGCUUGGGUUUGUUGCCCAGAAAAUGAGAGAAUCCUUUCAUCAGAGGUUGAAAACCAUUGAAGAAGACCUGCACAACACUAAAACGGCUCUUCGGCAACAUAAGUACAUGUUGGAGGAAAUCAUGAAAGCUUACAGGACACCUGAUUUUGAGGGAGUUAUGCAUCAAAUUUCUAAAGCACUUGAAAUACAAGAAGAUGUUUCAGUCCAUACAACAUGGGACGUAAGCCUUCAUGAAUCCAUGGCAGGAGCCCACCGUUUGCAGGAUCUGAGCAGUCAAGCUCUGGCCGCCAUUCAGGAUGAUCUUGCUCAGCAGCUCAAAGACAGGGCACGUCUUCUCCAAGAAAUAUCUGCUGCUCUUCUGUCUCUGUCUCCGGAUGAUGCCCUGAAAGACUGCCACAAGCUCCUCAAGAUUUCUUGCAGCCCUCCUUAUGAUACUUGCAUGGGGGGCCUUGAGCGUUACUCUUCUUUACUCGUGCAGGAUGCGAUUGUCCAGGCCCAGGUUUGUUACGGGGCUUAUCGAGCAAGGCUGGAGUACGCCAAGGAGGCCAAGCUGUACAAGGACUCUCUUCAAAACGUGGACGCCUUGUGUCAGGAACGCAUUCAGGCGGUUGCUGUUCUCCGAGAAGAGUAUGAGGAGCUGCUCCGAAAGCAGCAGAACGAAUACGCCGAAAUGAUCGCUGUGCUCGAAAGAGAGAACGCAGAACUCAAGACCAAAGUCGAGCAGCUCAACAAUCAACGGAAGCUCCUGGAGGAGGAAGCUUACAAGCAGAGCAAAAAAAUAUCAGAGCUCCAAGGUAAAUACGAAGAGGAAAUCCACAACGUGGUUGAGCAGCUAAACCGAACGAAGGACUUGCUAAAGACGGAACAAGCGGAGGGCCUCCUUCGACUAGAUGUCCUUCGGCAAGACAAGCAGAACUUAGAAAGGCACCACUUUGAGCAGAUGCAAGCUCUGGAGGAUGAGUUCCAGACCAAGAUGAAAGAACUGCAAGUCCUCCACAAUGAGGAGCUGCAGGCCUUGCAGGAACGUUACGACCAGAAUCUGCAACAUUUGCAGGAGUCCCUGGACGAGUACCAGAAGCAGCACCCAGAAACGUCGCUCUCAGUAGCAAGUGGUUCAGAAGAAACGUGGGCUGCAAAUCAGGCCAACGGUGGAACGCAAGUCUCAGACAGCGAACGGAACGCCAUGCACGGGUUACGAGAACGCAUUCAAGAACUGGAAGCCCAAAUGAACGUCAUGAGAGACGAGCUGGAGAAUAAGCACCUAGAAGGGAAUGCAUCCACCCUGCGGGAGAAAUACCAGAAAGAUUUUGAGAAUCUUAAGGCAACAUGUGAACGAGGGUUUGCGGCCAUGGAAGAGACGCAUCAGAAAAAGAUAGAAGAUCUGCAAAGGCAGCAUCAGCGGGAACUGGAGAAACUACGGGAGGAGAAAGACCGCUUGCUAGCCGAGGAGACGGCAGCUACUAUCUCAGCCAUCGAAGCCAUGAAGAAUGCCCACCGGGAGGAGCUUGAGCGGGAGCUGGAGAAGACUCAGCGCUCCCAAAUCAGCAGCAUCAACUCGGACAUCGAAGCUCUCCAGAGACAAUACCUGGAGGAGCUGCAGUCUGUCCAGCGUGAACUUGAAGUCCUCUCCGAGCAGUACUCUCAGAAGUGUUUGGAAAACGCUCACCUGGCCCAGGCCCUGGAGGCCGAGAGGCAGGCCCUCCGCCAGUGCCAGAGGGAGAACCAGGAGCUCAAUGCACACAAUCAGGAACUAAACAACCGCCUAGCUGCAGAAAUCACCCGACUACGAACACUACUGACUGGGGAGGGCGGGAUGGAGACCGCUGGUUCGCCUCUCACCCAAGGCAAGGAUGCCUACGAAUUGGAAGUCCUGUUGCGAGUCAAGGAAUCCGAAAUCCAGUACUUGAAGCAGGAAAUCAGCUCCUUGAAGGAUGAAUUGCAAACAGCAUUGAGGGAUAAGAAAUAUGCCAGUGACAAGUAUAAAGACAUCUACACAGAACUCAGCAUUGUGAAAGCCAAGGCAGACUGUGAUAUCAGCAGGUUGAAAGAGCAACUCAAGGCAGCCACUGAAGCUCUUGGUGAAAAGUCCCCGGAGAACAGCACCGUGUCUGGAUAUGAUAUCAUGAAAUCCAAAAGCAACCCUGAUUUCUUGAAGAAAGACAGGACCAGUGUUGGCCGGCAAUUAAGAAAUAUCAGGUCAAAGAGUCUGAAGGAAGGCCUGACGGUGCAGGAGCGCCUCAAGCUCUUUGAAUCCAAGGACUUGAAGAAAGACUAGUUCCCCUUCUGUUCAUCUUGUUCACGUGCACCUCCUCGCUUGCAGCAUCAGAGCACAAGCACCCUUUUGUUUUGUUUUUGUUCCUUAAGAUUCUCAUUGCUUUUUAACCGAUUGCUUCAGCAGAAAAGACUGAAAAUCUGGCAGUUUUACUGCCCCGCUAUCCAUUGGACUCUCUUGACUUCUUAUUGAUGAUCUCGACAGAAGAGAGGAGGUAAUAGGGAUCUGUGCCCCAUUGGGAUCUUAUGGGGGGGGAAAUCCUUCCUACUGUAUAUCAAUUACACUAAGUGUCAGUAUUAAGGCUGAACAGCCUAUUGAUAAGCUAGCUCUGUUUUACUGAAUGCUAUAGCAACAGGGCCCUGGGAGGGACGAGGCUUAGUUCUGCCACGGUUGAGAGUAAACCAGCACUUACGUGCGUGCUUUGAGCCAUAUCGUACACUUCUUGAACAAAAUAUGCAGCAGGUUUUGACACCCCAAGUCCUUUCAGUGCAGUGUGCUGGUUACAGCCACAAGAACAAAAACAUGGCUUGCUGUUGGUGUGGAGGAUUCGGGGUAGCAUCUUGCAUAAUUUCACUGAGCUUUAUUUCUCUUAAUUUAGCUUAGGUUUCUUUAACUGGCUUACUGAGCCUUGACAAAUAAGUCUACUGUUAAUCAGGCUCUUGAGGGAAUUUACCACUACCUAUAACCAGCAAUUGCUAGCUACAUUUCGGGGCAAGCCAUAUCAGUUGCUGCACCCUCUCUUCUUUUCCUGGGGUGCAUUUGCCUGUGUGUACACAGCAUAGAUCAGAUUUUGGACUUAACAUUUGUGUUCUGCAUAAACACUUGGAGAUGGAUUCCUUUCUAAAAGAAUCUUAAAGAAGCAAUUUGCACUUUCUAACUUUGUCCUUCAGAUAAAUUUUUGCCAGCUUCCGCUGUGCAACUGGCAAAAAUGGUACAGAAGCGUAGGUAGGACUCUUUCUAAAGCAGAAAAUAGUUCAGAUAGAUGCGGUAUCUAGGAUGGUAGUGCUGAGGUCAAGUCAGACCCCCAAGCAGAGAUUUAAAGGCAAAAAAAGGGGUCUUGCCCUUGGAAUUUGUUUAGCAGAUCGUGAACAUUUUAAGAAUAGAUAUUGUCUGUUCAUGCAUGCUAACAAUAUCUGUGUGGGGGUAGUCAGUUGCAUGAUGGUGGUAGUUUGGGAGAUCUAAGUUGUAGGGAAAUAGCAGGUCAAAGUUAGUAGAAUGUCUGAUAGUAUUUGGUUUCAUUUCUCUGAAACAAACAGUUCUAUGGGCAUAUCUGGGUUUCUUUUCUGCUUGUUGUGCCCAAUGCUGUAAGCUUUGAAUACAUUCUUGAAUGUAUUGGGUUCCUGAGUCAGUGGUCUUUACCAACCAAGACAGUGUAUAUAGACACAUUGAACAGUGCAUGCCUUCUCUCCCCCCACCCAAAACAAGGGAGCCCUGCGCUGUUGAACAGCUUCUAGUUUUUCUGUAACAGUUAAUUCUUCAAGCUUUCAGGGCUAAAUCAUGUUUGUAUUUUAAAGUCUUUUACUUGCAUUCUGUACUAAUUCUGUAGAUUUCAGGUUAAUUGGAGUGGAUUUCUGCAGUGCAAUCUAUUCAGAUUACAAACCCUGGCCUUUAUCUGUAAAAUAAGGUCCUUGCAGGCAGCAAGACUGGCCCAUUUAUGUACUUUGUGCUGUCCUUAAUGCUUAGACACAUAGCAAUGGCACAGCUCUAAGGAGAGACUCCUUAUGGGGCAAAAAUACACACAAGGCAUGCUACAGAAACUGAAGCUGGGUGGUUCUUUUCAUGCUCUUGGUUAUCUUUUAAUGUACCAAGUAAUACUCUUUGUGAACCUUUGCUGCUAUUAAUAGCAAAAGCAAAGAGGGUCACAUAAAAUUCUGUUGUGUAAUAUUCCCUCAAAAUAAGGUGUCAACUUGGAACAGUGUGGUCUUUUGGCUUAGCAUCUCGUUUUGUGUCUGGCAGGUUUUAUAAAAGGAUACAGGUUGGCUGGGUUUUAUUGGCACACUACGCAGUUUGUCCAAUCUUAUUCCCUGAGAAAAUGGAAAUAACUGUCCUUGAAAAUGUAUACCAGACUUGGUUUUUCUUGCUUCUACAGCAAGAAACUUAUUUUUUUUCAUAUUUACAUGAAACUUGAGAUAAAUGUCCUUGAAGAACAAAUGUCUUGCAAAAUCAUUACAGGUGGGAUUGAAAUUAAUCCGCCUACAUCUCUCCUCUAAUCCAAUACUUUACAACAUGUGUGUUUAUCACUGUUAACUUCUUUUUGCUCAAGGUGGUCUUCUUCUGCUCAAGACAUACCAAGAUUCUCCAAAAAAAAAAACCCUAAAAACAAGCUGACAGUAUAGCUAUUAUGUGAACAUACAGGUAUAUUCUAUUGCAAACUGUUCAUUUGAACUUACACUACAAAUGUAUCUGGAAAGUUAAGAGAAAGUUAGAACAAAUAGAUGUACAUCUGCUUAAUUGCUUCUUAAAUCUUGUUUGUCCCUUUCUAAAACAAAAACUAGUUCUCUAUUAAACCAGCUUGUUUUAUUUUAACCUGUUAAGAAAUGAAAAGGAGGAUUGCUUGUGCUGAUGUGCAAAAUCCAUGCAGGCUGUUUUUCCUGUGGCAGAGGCUGCCUGCAAGUAGCCCAGUGCAUUAUUUUAAAGAAGUGUUGCUUUUUGUAAUGACUUGAUUAGACUCCCACUGGACUUUCUGCAUUUUGGUGGUUCAUAUGCAGUACUUUGUUGUGAACACUUUUAAGCACAUGCACGCUCAGUGUAGCUUACCUUUCCUCUGUAAUUUUUUUUCCAUUUUUAAUGCUUUGUUAUUCUCUAAAAUAAUUUAAAACCUGUAUAGUAUUCAGAGCACGCAAUGUAAAUAUUUAUUACUCAAAAACUAGUGGAGGGUUUUUUGGGGUGACUUUUUUUUAAUCUUGUUCUAAUACAGAUGUCCUUUUGACUUGGAAAAGAAAUUUAGUGUAACCCGAUAAACCUGCUCUAUGUUCCCUUACAGAAUGUUUGUUGGUUUGUUUGAAUGUUACAAAUAUAUUUUUAAAUUUCUCUAAGACCCUUUUAGUUUUGGAAAUGCCUGUCCAAAGAACAUGUACAGUGCUUCAGAACUUUAAAUGUAUUUACCGAUACAUUUGAUUUUCAUCCCUAUUUACUUCCCUCCCCUUCUAGUUGGCAGUAGCAUAAACAACUCUUGGGUGUGCAGAUAACACUGUAUUUAUAUAGUAAUGGUGGUGGUAGCUACUCCUUUUAAGCCUACCAAUAUUCUUGCAUGGUUAAUCAACUAUUGCAGAGCAAACAGGGUUUUGUAUACAGGAACCAACUAGGUUUGAUUCCCACAACCCUGACAUCCCUUUCACAAGGCAUGGUGUUGUAACAGCAUGGCCAAAUGCAGUCAAUGUAGGAUGACUACUCUGUUUACUUACACUGUAUUUAACUGCAAUGUAGUUUCAGCAAAGGGGCAGUGCCAAGGCCAUCUUUGCUGUUUGAAUCUGUUUCUGACCAAGAAGAGUUACGUGCCACAUGAUAUGCUUUGGUUUUGCAGUGGUUUCAACAGCUUCUGGAAUACUUCGAAAUCUACUAGAGCAACUUGGCAGUGGGCCACAAUCUAGUACACAAGAAAAUGUAUCAAAUCUAUUCAAUCACUACUUGAGAUUUUCAUUUCAUUCUGCUAAGUAAAGCACUAACUAUGAUCUGUUUUAAAAUAGCAACAAUUAUGUGUUUGAACCAAAUGUACUCAUGGCUAAAAGAGUGUCUAGCACUACACAUAGUAUAACAACUUUGACUCUUUCUCACUCACACUUAUCACCAGCCUACUUUAAAAUAUGCCCAGAUGUUUGAGCUUUCACUCUAAGACAGCCUGUCUCCUACCAGACCUACAUGAACUUCACAUGAACUUCAAAUCUAAACUGACAAACGACUCUUUUUUUGAGUGGUUCAUCCAAGAAUCAAGCUUUGCAAAAUCCAGAGGUAGGCAAAAUCCAGGCUGUGGCGACGUUUGUUGUUUGCAGGGGAGUAAGGGCUAACCACUGAAAAAUUAACUCACAUAGAAGAGGCAGAUUUAAAUAAAACUAAUUCACUGAUGAGCUGAAAACCUAUCUGCUGAGCAAUGAAUCCACUCUGCCUGCUUUGUAAAGAAAAUGUGUUUUAAACUCCUGAUGGGGCUGAAAGUUGUCUCUGUUUUAUUUUCAAGCUUUGAAAAAAGCUUGUUCCCUCUUCAGCUGUUCACUGUAAUAGAAGUAUCACUUUGUCACAGUAUUUAUUCCACAUGCUAGGGUUCCCAUGGAUGUAGUUGAUGAUUAUUUUGUAAAUAAAUUACUUAACUAUACAUAAAACUAUAUGGUAAUAAACUAUUUUUGCACCACCCUU